AUGGGUGUCCAAGAACUGAAGAGCAAACCCGAAUUCGAGAGCGCCGUCGCCGGUGACAAGCUCGUCGUCCUCGACGCCUUCGCAACCUGGUGCGGUCCUUGCAAGGCCAUGGCCCCCAAGGUCGACCAGCUCAGCGAGACCUACACCGACGCCACGUUCGUCAAGUUCGACGUCGACGCCGUGCCGGACGUUGCCCAGGAGCUGGGCAUCCGCGCCAUGCCCACUUUCCUGCUGUUCAAGGGCGGCCAGAAGGUUGCCGAGGUUGUCGGUGCCAACCCGCCUGCUCUGGAGGCUGCCAUUAAGAACAACCUGUAA